UUGCGUAAAUUACCAGUAACUCUAAACGUUAUGUGUAUUUAAUCUUUCAAAGUAUGUAUCGUUUAUUUGAAUUUUUAAUAUUCGCAUACUGAAUUUAAUUAUUAUUAACAUCAAUUAAUAUUAAUUAAUUAUAUAUUUCAAUACGCGAAUCGCUCUUCUUUGACAUUACGCUCGAGAUGUUUCGAUAGUAUCGAGGUUUUUUGGCAGAUCGAAAGAAAGAUGUCCCUCGAUGGUAGAUUAGAAUGUUAUAAGUCAUUCAUAUCGUGUUUAUAAGUAAAUAUCAGCUGGAUGCGUAAAGAAAAACAUAACGUGAUUCCGUGACAGCGCGUAACUGAUGUAACUUUCGAACACACAUCAAUCAAAGAAUCUACGAAGAAAAUGGGUCUUUUCCAGACUUCCUCUCCUUUCGACGCUGAUGUUGAAAAGGCAACCAGUGAGAAGAAUAUAUCUAUAGAAUGGGGGAAAAUGUUGGAUAUUUGUGACAAAGUUGGUACUUCUACUCAAAAUGCAAAGGAUUGUUUACGAUCAAUUGUUAAAAGAUUAUAUUCUCCAGAUCCACAUAUUGUUAUGCAAGCUUUGACAUUAUUAGAUGUUUGUGUCAUCAAUUGUGGAAAAACAUUUCACUUAGAAAUUGCUUCAAGAGACUUUGAAAAUGAUCUGAGAAAACUUGUUAACCAUUCUGAGCCAAAGAUUGCUGAGAAAAUGAAAGAGCUUUUAAAAAAAUGGGCUGAAAAUGAUUUCAAAACUGAUCCUCAGCUUAAUUUAAUUCCAAGUUUAUAUAAUAAACUUAAAAAUGAAGGUCAUGAUUUCACUUCUACAUCUGAUACACCUAAACGUACAACUGUACUAAGUAAAGAUCCAAAUGUAGUGACAAAUUCACAAGAAGAGGAAGAUAUUGCAAAAGCCAUAGAACUUUCACUUAAAGAAAGUAAAGCUCAUAGUCAAGCAUCUUCUUCGCAUAGUUCACCAUCUAAAUACACCAAUUUAUAUCCUAAUGUAAGUUCUGCACUUGGUACUUCGAGCAAUACAGAAGGCAGGAAGGUCCGUGCUCUAUAUGAUUUUGAAGCAGCAGAAGAUAAUGAAUUAACAUUUUUUGCAGGAGAAAUAAUUAACAUUUUGGACGAUUCAGAUCCGAACUGGUGGAAAGGUAAUAAUCAAAACGGAGAAGGACUGUUUCCUUCUAAUUUUGUUACUGCAGAUUUAUCUGUAGAGCCUGAACAAUUCACAAAAUUAGAACACAAUAACAAAAAAAUGGUUCAAUUUGCUGAAGAAGUAGAAGUGAAAACAGUAAAAAGAGAACCAGAAGUGGUUGAAGUUGAAAUAGAUGAAAGAAAAAUGGACAGGCUUUUACAUUUGUUACAUGAAGCUGAUCCUCAAUGCGAUACUUCAGAUACUCAAGAAAUGCUUGAUUUAGAAGAACAAGUUACUGCAAUGGGACCAUUGAUAGAUGCAGCUUUAGAAAAAGUGGAUAGGAGGCAUGCACAGUUGACUCAGUUGAGUUCUGAUUUAGUAGAUGCUCUUAAUUUAUAUCAUACACUGAUGCGAGAACCUCCACCACCUACACCAUCAAAUUAUACUUUACCUAAAAUGCCUCCUCACAUAAAUCCUUAUCAAUUUCAAAAUCAGGGACCACCACCUCCACAUAUAUUUAAUGGAGUACCUGCACCUCAUCAAACUUCUUUUCCUGUUGGAAGUGGUCCAUCUGGACCAUAUAAUGCCACUAUUCCAACUAGUGAUUAUAUGGGAUCUGCAAGUAUGCCAAAUAUAACAUUACCGCAACAUUUUCAUAUGCAAUCAGGUCCACAUCAACCCCCUCCUGGACAUCCUCAAAGUCAGCCAGUACCGGAACAAAGCAAUCUUCCUUAUUCUCAUCAAGGAUAUCCAUCUCAAACUGGUCCCAUGCCAGGACCAUAUGGUCCAUCAGGACCAACAGGACCUCCGGUAAGCCAACAACCUCAAUAUGCUCCACCAAAUGGGCAGCACAUGAUGUAAAUGGAUGCUAUACGUUCCAAAUUCAUCCUGAACUGUAAUUCAAGCUAUAUACAAUAUUACUAUAUUAUAAUUAUUUAAAUAAACAUACCCAAAGUAGCCAAAGAUACUGGGUUUUUGAUGGAAGUUUUGCAUUCGAAACUUAUCAUGUAAGCUUAUUAGGCACAUACAUGAAAAAGUGAUUAAAAAAUACAUUAGGCAAAGAGCGAGUUAUUUUAUUAACGUUUGACUAUCGUUAAUAUGAUAUGUAUUUUUUAAAAAUAUCUUUAUUAAUCUCAUAAUUCAGAUUCAGUUAACACAUUCCUUUGGUUCGAUUUAUAUCCAAAUAUUUUAUUUCGCGUUUCAAUCAUAUAACAAUAUUCAAAUGUUAUAUUUAUAAAAUGUUAAAAUAAAAAAAUAAAGCGAAAAGAAACAAAAAAAAAAAAGAAAGAAAGAAAAGAAGAAGAAAAAAUAUUAUUGAAAUAUAGAAUCAUCAAUUCAUAUUGAUAUGUCACUUUAUCGAAUUUGUAUCGUAAUACUUCAUUAUACUUAUUUAUAAUACGUUGUAUAAAAUUUAUCAUAUAUUUGUAAUAGGUUCUAAAGAAAACAGCACUAUCGUUUAAUAUAUAAUUGCGAUAAUAUACGAAAUUGUACUGUGGAGAUAAUGGUGGAGACUGUAUCGAAAGCACGACCGUAUUUUAUAGUUUUUUACUGUCAUUAAUUCUUAACAAAUAACAACUAUAAAAGAGCCUUGAAAUACAAUUGUUAUUAAUCUUUUUCUUAAAUUAAAAAAAAACAAAAAAAGAGAAAAAGAUAAAUAUAUAUAAUACUAUAAUCAUAGUAGCUUUGAAAAAAACAGCUCGAAUUAAAUAAUCGAGAGCCGAAGUAUAAAUUUAAGAACAAUUAUCACGACAAGACAUCUAAACUUGGUCUAGUCUGUCCACUGUGUAUAAUAAAACAUAUUUCCUAUUGUAACUGCUUAUUGCGAUCUGCGAGGAACUUUUUAUGAAUUGUUAACGCAUAAUAUUUGCAUAGCUGCGUUCAUACCGUCGUAAAAGCGACCCUGUCUAUGUUAAAAAAAAAAAAAAAAAAAAAAAAACGAAAACCAAGAAAACAUAAUAAAAA